AUGGAAGACCUUCUCGGGCUUUUAAGAAUCCGCAUCAAGCGCGGUGUCAACCUUGCCGUUCGAGAUGUUAAUACCAGCGAUCCAUACGCUGUUGUUAAGAUGGGCAAGCAGAAACUCAAGACUCGUGUGAUUAAAAAAGACAUCAAUCCUGAAUGGAAUGAAGACCUUACACUUUCUAUCACCGAUCCCAUUAUUCCAUUCAAACUAACUGUGUAUGAUCAUGAUACAUUUAGCAAAGAUGACAACAUGGGAGAUGCUGAAUUUGAUAUUUCACCAUUCAUAGAAGCAUUGAAGAUGAACAUAGACGAUCUUCCAAGUGGUACCAUAAUCACAAGAAUACAACCAUGCAGGACAAAUUGCUUGGCAGAAGAGAGUUGCAUCACUUAUACAGAUGGACAAAUUGUCCAAGAUGUUGUUCUUAGAUUGAGACAUGUUGAAUGUGGUGAAGUUGAAAUUCAAUUGCAAUGGAUCGCUCUUCCUGGUUCCAAGGGUUUAUAA